AGGAGCAGGCGAGCGCCUUUUAGAAAGUUAGCAGCGGCUGCCAGUAUGCGAUCUGUAAUUGCGUCGGCAUGCUGGCUUUGUGCGCUCUGCGUGUGGCCACUUGGAGGAUCAGAGCUGGCAGACGGCUGACUCUUUGCACCGCUCCGGGGGUAAUGGUGCUGGGGUGUGAACAUCGCAAAAAGAUGAAGCAGACGGUGUAGAGGGCGAUACGGGAUUACUUGCACCUUGCUACGCAGACCAUGGCUGGAUUUUAUAGUUGUUUGCGGGGUAAAAAUGACUCUGAUAUUAUGGCUUCUGGACCUUCUGAAGUCGACCCACACCAGGCACAGCCAGAGACCUCAGAGGAGUGCCCAGGAAAGAAAAAGUCAAAGUUCCAGACUUUUAAGAACUUUUUUGCCAAGAAAAAGAGAAAAACUCCAGCCACAUCCAGUGGUGACAGUCCUUUAAAACAGAGCCAGUCGAGUGAUGAUGUCAAUGCACCUGACCAACCCAAAGUUCAGACAAGCCUGCAGUAUGAAAUGGGGUCAAAGGUCAGCCUGGGAAACAAGGCCCUGUCACAUGACAGUGUGUUUAUUUCUGACGCGCCAUCAUCAAAAAACACGGAAAGUUUGGUGUCUUCACAGGAUAAUCUCCCAGGAAAAGUGAAAACUUUGCAGCUUCAGCUGCAGCAGGCAAUUCGAAUGGGUUCACCGUCUGCCGUCAUUUCCUGUAAGAAAGCAGAAGAUGCUGGCACACUCUCAGAGGAUGAUGGGCUUCCCCGGAGUCCACCAGAGAUCUCUACACUUCACACCGUGCUUAUGGACACUGCUACAGGGUCUUCCAACCCUGCCCCAAGAAAUAGUUCCGUGAGUUUAGAUGGAACAGACAGUGAAGAUGAACAGAUGUCUUUGGAAACAUCAUCAAGGCCAGGCAGCCCUAUGUCUCCCUCCAUUCUUCUAACUCCAACUUCACCAAGCAGUCUGUCUCUCGUCGCCGACUUCAGUGUCCCAGCCAGCCCUCUGGCAUGUCUGGAUAAUUCAGCCGCCAAGCACAGGAUCAACGUUAAACACAAAGCCCGAAUUAAAAGGAAGCCUGCAAGCAGAGAUAUUUUGGGAAGCUGUGAGAAAAAAGAAUCUUCUGGUACAGUUCCACAAGCAGAUGAUCAAAAUUUAAGUGCAAAACAAGCACCAAUUCGUCUUUCAAGUGGAGAAGAAGGAAUGGUUGUAGAACAGAGAAAUGCAGAAGAAUGCAUCACCAAAGACAAUGAAUCAACAGAAGCAGAGGCAAGUGUCCCAGUUUUCCUUCCUGAGGACAGCCUACAGCAUGAGAAGGACAGCAGUUCUGAAAGCUCAGAAGAUGGCUUGCUAAAUGAAGAAAGCCUGGAGCUAAAGGAAGAACUUGAUGGAUCUGAUGAUAUUCUGAAGACCAAUAUUAUUUAUGUUCCUGAUGUGUAUCUUGAACCAGUGGAGACUUCAGAGACGGUAACAUCUGUUCUUGCAGAUUCUUGUACCUUAGAGCAUGAAUCGUGCUCUAGGCAGGCUUUAACCCUGGAGGAUGAUAAAGCACAUUCUUGCUUGGUUACAAAUGCUGAGGAUGCUAAGCCUGACGUUGAUGACAUAGAAGAAGAGUGCCAUAUUGCUGUUGAAGAAGGAGCUAAAUCAUUUUCAGAGGAAAUACUGAGUUCCUUAGAAGGUUCAUUUUCAUUAUUGCACAGAGCACAACCUGAGGAAGAUAUUCAAAAGGAACACACCAGCACUGAGUUGUUGGAGGAUGUCACCAAAUCACCUGACAGUUUUUGUAAUUUAGAAGACAGUUAUUGUCCCAAUCUUUCCCUAUCAGUUGUUGAGGACCCCCUCAAUGAAGACCAAGGACAGCAGGAGGAUAUUUUAACUGAACAUCCUGACACAGAUGAUGGGAAUAUUUUGGAAGACAGAUCCUCUGGUAAACACCACAAGGAAUCAGAAGAAAUCCAUGUUUCAAGCAAUUUAUUGGAUGAAAAUAAUGUAAAGCUUACUGAUAAAACAUGUGAGGGAUCAUGUGAUUCCCAUGGCGAGAUGGGUAGGGACAGUGAUCAGAAUGAGGACAGUACUGAUCCUCUCUCCACGCAUGAGAUUUUAUUGCCAGAAGAACAUCCAAGCAGUGAUCCUUCAGAAGCCAUACAAACUAACUCAAGCCAGGAAUCAUCAACAAUAGAUGAGCUAUCUUUAAAGAUUUGUUCAAAGUCUGAAUUUACAGACACAGAAAAGGAGGAACAAGAGACAGUUGUCAUAACGGGCCAUUCAGAGGCUCUGAAAAGGACCCCCAGCAAAAUCAGGUUCACCAUUGCUCCUGCUUGGCAGAGGUCUUUUUCAGGGAGUGGUCAACAGAAGGACCCCACCAACACUUCACCCAUUAUGCCAGAACAGUUUGAAGGAGUCCAAAAAGAUGACCUAGAUCCCAUAAACAUGGUCGCUUCUCUAGAUAGCUCACCUUCCUGUGCAAAUGAAGUCAAAGAUGACCCAAACACCAUCCAGCCUGCAGUGUGUCCACCUUCUAAAGUAAUGCCCAGCAAUGAGUCACAGAGCAGUGAAAACCGUUUUGGUAUCAAACUCAGAAGGACGUCGGGUUUAUUAAAAUACAAUCCUGAGCCCUCAUCUGAAUCAGCUACAUCUCCCACCUUAGCAACAACAAAGGGUGCUUCAAGUGGUAGCAGACCACUUCUGCCUAAAAAGCCCGACCUGUCAACAGACAAGUCAGAUCGGCCUUCAGGUAGAGUAACAGGAGAUGGCUCAACACCCCCUGGAUGGAUUUCUUCAGCAAAGCAGAAACAGAAAGUUUUCCAAGAUCACACCCUGGAAAAGUCAUUUGAAACCCAAUCUUCCAUUGAGGGCGAUGUGACAAGAUCUUCCCCUGAUGAUAAGGUAGCAGUGGCAGUAAAAGCACCAGGAUUACCAGUCUCAGGAUCCAGUUGUCAGCAAGCCUCUCAGGUGGUGGCUUUAGAAAAAGAGAGCAAACGAACACUGAUGCAUCCUCAAGAAUCACUGCUCAGCCAGGAGGGACCUCCCUGGCUUGCUCUGGCCAAGAAGAAAGCUAAGGCUUGGAGUGAAAUGCCUCAGAUUGUGCAGUGAGGAAGACUCUGGGCUCCCGAUGCUCACUGUUUUUGUAUUACAUGUACAAAUCAAUUUGCACACAUUCUAAGAGACAGCUUUUUCUGUUGUUGUUUUUUGUGUACCUUCACUCAGAUCUACCUUACAAUGAGAGUGUGUAUGUGUGUACUGUAUGUCCUUAUGUAGUCUACAAAAAAUGUUUCUUUUACAUAUAUAUAUAUAUUAUUUCUUUAGCAUUCAGUUCUUUAAUAACCUACAUUUUGAAAGUGUACAUAAAGAAGGAACAAAUGAACAAAGAAAAAUGCAUUCUUCAAUGACUUCAUGGCUCAUGACUUGGAUUAGUCUUCCUACAAGAACCAAAGACUCUAUUUGAGCCACUUUUCACUGCCCUGGGGGGCACAUGUUUGCUAUAUUAUUAUUAGACUUGUACACUGUAAAGCUUGCUGUAAUAUUAUGAACUUUUUUUUGUACUUUGGAUCUUACACACGCAUUUCAGAAGUCUUAUUUGCAGCCAUGGCAUCUGUACUGUAAUAACAUCAAUACUUGUCUUCACAAACACAGGACUUUCUUUAUUCUUUGCAAAUCAGGGUUUGUAAUCUUUAAAGGGAGCAAAUUGCA